AUGUCGUCUUAUCAUACUUAUCAUCAGAUAUCCAAGUCUCCGGCUUACUCCUAUAAGCUCGUUCAGCUUCCUCCAGAUAUCCUUGAGUAUAUGAGAAGCUCUCCCAACAAUGACUUACUCAUCAAGGCCCCUACCCAUACCAAUAAUGAAUUGGUAAUGUGUACUCAGGAUUCAACUUGGAAAUUAAGACAAAUGAAUCAUUCUAAUACGGUAUUGGUUCUCAACAACAUGAAUGUUAAUAAAUUAAACCAUCAGCUAAAGCACGUAGUUCCGUGCGAUAAAAAUAAAGCAAUCAAUAACAAAUUAUUAGGAUUGACCAAUUGUUCUUUUGAAUAUGAAUUACUGAAAUCUCAGGGGUAUAUUGAAAUAUCAAAUCUACCUUCGUAUAAUGGCUCCCCGUUAAACGUUCCUUCUAAUCAAAUGGUAUCGGUGACAAAAUUAAUCAAUGAUUCUCCAAUCUCUUUAAAUCAAUUCUAUAACGAAUGGUAUUCCAAUAGAGGUUGCGAAAUCAACGGCCAAGCAGUGUUACUCCUGGCCCAGUUCACCACGGAGGUUUUGCAAACGUUGAUUCCAAUACUCAUAAGUAAUCAAAUCUCAUAUACUGAAGAUUCUUUCAACAUUGAAUUGAACCAAAUUGUUUCUCUAAUGCAAAACCAAAAUGAUACCUAUAAUAAAGAGAUCGUGCUCACAAUGCUCCACAAGUUUGGCUUUCAAAAUCCCGAUAGCCCAACCUCGUUCAAAUUAAAUAACCUCGAAAUCUCAAAAUGGUUUGGUAUUCAAAAUUUACUUUCCUCAGCUAGUGCUACUUCGAUUCAACCAAAACAACUCUUGAUCAAUUGGAAAAGUUCUUUCCCUCCUUUCUACAACAUCCCAAUCGACUUGAAAGAUUUAAGAGGCUACUACUGUCGUCCUUUGAAAGAUCAAAUCCAGUAUUUAGACCCUUCGGUCUUGACUGAUAAGGAUAUCAGUGCUCGAGCAAAAGACCUAUUCAAGGUGGUGAAAGAAUGGGACUACGACGAAUUCUUACCCUUCAUUCAACACUUGAUUCCUUCAGGGAAGAAAACAGACUCGGUCAUCUUGAAAUUCGCCCGUAAGAAAAGAGUCGGGAAGAAUAAAUUCAUGGUUACUCCAAGAUAG